CCCUUUAAAGGAGCGCAGUGAUGAGUCGAUGGGGAAACCGAGGUUGUGUGUCUGUCUGUGCCUUCACGUUCACAUCAUUUGACGGAACAAUCAAGCCUCUGCCUUCAUUUACAUUAAUCCGUUUUUUGCCGUCGAUUGCAACUUUAUUUUGUUCCCAGUUGAAUCCUGACCGCAUUUGAGAUUAUUCGGUCCAUAUGGAGCUCGAAUCAAAUGUUGCUAAUUUUCAAGGACGCGCGCUCCAUCUGUUUUUUUGUUCGUCUUCUCUAACGUAUGAUGCGCGUUUUGGCAGGAAAAUGGAUGAGGGCAAACGCAGCGUAGAGACUCUGGCUCGUGUCAGCCAGUAAACAACAAAAAAAGAAAGAAACAAUCUGAGAGAUUAUGGUGCAUUUGGUGCGUUUUUAGGAUGAGAUGCGGCGCGUUUUGUGUGGGUUCGUUGUGAGGAUGUGACCGGACAGAGAUCAGUGCUUUAUCGCUCCGCUGCGUCUCAACAGAGCCGCUCAUGAUGCCCAGAACUGUGAGGAGACUGGUCCAUUUGGUGCUGUUCUGCCCUCUGUCCAAAGGCCUGCAGAGUCGUCUCCCAGCUAUUAAAGUCAAGUACCUUCUCCUGGCGUGGCUGGGCAUCCUCGUCGCCAGCUGGGUCAUCUACAUGCAGUAUGCCUCGUACUCUGAACUCUGCCGCGGGCACGUCUGCCAUAUGGUCAUUUGCGAUCACUACAGACGAGGCAUCAUUUCAGGCUCAUCCUGCAAGGCACUGUGUGAUCAGAGGACGCUCACCAUGCAGCGCUGCAUGUCCACAACCUCCACACAUCAGGUGUACAGUGGACUGUGGAAGGAGAUUCCAGUUGUGAUCAAGUGCGGCAUCGAGGAUCCUGUGAAGAUCGACGGGGCGCCAGACUCUGUGCUGCGACAGGAGAUGAGAUUAUUUGACAAACCCACGCGUGGAACCUCGAUGGAUGAAUUUAAAGAGAUGCUGCACAGUUAUCUCAAGGUUAACCUUGGUGAGCAGUCGUCCCUGACCACCUUGGUGGACAGAGUCAUUGCCCUCGCUGAUGUCAAUCAGGAUAGCAAAGUGUCUCUAGCAGAGGCCAAAUCUAUCUGGGCUCUCCUCCAGAUUAAUGAGUUCCUCCUGAUGGUGGCGCUGCAGGAAAAGGAGCACACUCCCAAGUUGCUGGGCUUCUGCGGAGACUUGUAUGUGACAGAACGUGUGAGCCACAGCUCCCUCUACAGGAUAGAGGUGCCUCACUACCUGCAGAGCCUGGUCCCAGAAGCCUUGACCUCCAGCGUGAACCACUGGCUCGCACCAGCCUGGCCCCGCAGAGCUCGCAUCACCAUCGGCCUGCUGGAGUUUGUGGAGGAGGUCUUCCACGGCUCCUAUGGGAGUUUCCUAAUAUGUGAUGCCAGUCCUCUUCAUGUGGGCUACAAUACCAAGUAUGACUGCAAGAUGGCCAACCUCCACAGUGUGGCGUCCGAGGCAGUUGUCCGGGGAUUUCUGAGGGGACGGCGAUGUGAGACUAACGCAGACUGCACCUACGGCAGGGACUGCACGGCCACCUGUGAUCGACUAGUGAAGCAGUGUAACACGGAGGUCGUGCAGCCCAAUCUUGCAAAAGUGUGCGUUCUGUUGCAGGACUUCCUGCUUUUCGGAGCACCCUCAGAUCUCCGUGGAGAUCUGGAAAAGCAGCUGCGCACCUGUGUGACUCUCAGCGGGCUGGCGAGCCAGAUGGAGGUGCAUCACUCACUGGUCCUCAACAACCUGAAGACUCUGCUGUGGAAGAAAAUUUCCAACACUCAGUAUUCUUGAAAACAGACUAUAAUCAUCCAACGUGCAUUUCUACAUAAUGAGUGAAUUCUCACAUGAACCUUAGACGUUUUUUGCUGAAGAAACUUUGCCAAAUGUUUUAGAUAGUGGUGGUUAUUGUAAAUUUUAAUAUAUUUUCUCUCUUUCUUGACUCUGACAGGAAGCUGUGAAUUUAUAUAUGUAUAUAUACAUGUACAUAUAUAUAUACAUAUAUAUGUGUAUAUAUGUAUAUAUAUAUAUAUAUAUAUAUAUAUAUAUAUAUAUAUAUAUAUAUAUAUGUAUAACAGCAACAGAUGAAGCUUAUUCCCUUAAAUGCACAUAAAAGCUCCCCCAUUGUAGUAUUUUCCAUCUGUUUAGAAAUCUCAGGGCAAUGCCUUCAACUUUAUGUGGAAAACUUUUUAAAAUAAAGCAAUCGGUGUACUGGAUAGUUUGGGAUUUCAUAUAUUACUCUUUUGUCAGAUUGUGACGGGGUGUGGUGGCUUUUGUGCAAACAUUAUAGUUUCCUGUGAAUAAAUGAAUCUGUGACAGACUUAUGGAUUGAACAAUACAUGUUCCCAUGUUCUGACAUGUAAUGUAUUCGAAAUCCACCGGAACAGCGGGGAAAACAUAAAAGGCAAUUGGACUCACUGAAAUAUGAUUGACGUGAAUGAAGUGAAGUUGGCUAAAUAAUUUCAUUUUCAAAAUCCUGUGAUUGAAAUUAUAAGUGGCCUGAGUCAGUGCAGAAAAGAAAAUCUAUUGUAAAACAAGUCAGUCAAAUGCUCUCAUGACAGUCAUGGUCAUGCUUUCAAAAUGUUGAAGGUAUUUAAUUUGAGAACUUUGUGCAGACUGUGAUCAUAUUAACGUAGAAAGUUCACCGUCACAGAGACGCAGGACA